AGAUGCCCUUUUGGGCCCUCUUCAUGGUCACCUCCUGCCUCCUCCUGGUCCCACAAAACCUGGCACAAGUCACCAGCCAAGAUGUCUCCUUGCUGGCCUUGGACUCAGAGCCCCUGAGGUGUUUCUCCCAAACAUUUGAGGACCUCACUUGCUUCUGGGAUGAGGAAGAGACAGCGCCCAGUGGGACAUACCAGCUGCUGUAUGCCUACCCAGGAGAGAAGCCCCGUGCCUGCCCCCUGAGUUCCCGGAGUAUACCCCCCUUUGGAACCCGAUAUAUGUGCCAGUUUCCAGCCCAGGAUGAAGUACGCCUCUUCUUUCCACUGCACCUCUGGGUGAAGGAUAUGUUCCUGAAUCAGACUUUGACCCAGCGGGUACUCUUUGUGGAAAAUGUUGGCCUGCCAUCUCCCCCUAAUAUCAUCAAGGCUGUGGGCGGGAGCCAGCCAGGAGAACUUCAGAUCCACUGGGAGGCCCCAGCUCCUGAAAUCAGUGAUUUCCUGAGGCAUGAACUCCGUUAUUGCCCCAAGGAUCCCAGGAACUCCAGCGGCCCCACAGUAAUACAGCUACUCUCCACAGAAACCUGCUGCCCAACUCGGUGGAGGCUGAAUGCAGCCUCCUCUCUAGACCAACCUCCAUGUGUUCAGUCCAUAGCACCCCAACAGGAUGGACCAACGCAAACCUCCCCAACUGGAGAAGAUCCAUCUCUGACAGUGAUGGGUAGAAGCUGCCUCAUCUCUGGCCUCCAGCCUGGCAACUCCUACUGGAUCCAGCUACGCAGCCAACCUGAUGGGGUCUCCCUCCGGGGCUCCUGGGGUUCCUGGUCCUCUCCUGUGACUGUGGACUUGCCCAGGAAUGCAGUGGCAAUUGGACUGCAGUGCUUUACCUUGGACCUGAAGAAUGUUACCUGUCAGUGGCAGCAACAGGACCAUACUAACUCUCAAGGCUUCUUUUACCACAGCAGGACACGAUGCUGCCCCAGAGAUAGGGACCCCAUGUGGGAGAAGUGUGAAGAGGAGGAGGAAACAAAUCCAGGAUUACAGCCCCCUCAGUUCUCUCGAUGCCACUUCAAGUCACAAAAUGACAGUGUUAUUCACAUCCUUGUAGAGGUGACCACAGCCAAAGGUGCUGUUUACAGCUACCUGGGUUCUCCUUUUUGGAUCCACCAAGUUGUGCUCAUCCCCACCCCAAACCUGCUUUGGAGGGAGAUCUCCAGUGGGCAGCUGGAAUUAGAAUGGCAGCACCCAUCACCUUGGGCAGCCCAAGAGACCUGCUAUCAGCUGCGAUACACAGGAGAAGACCAUCAGGAUUGGAAGAUGUUGGAGCCACCUCUCGGGGCCCGGGGAGGGACCUUGGAGCUGCGCCCGAGAUCUCGUUACCACUUACAGCUGCGCGCCAGGCUCAACGGCCCCACCUACCAAGGCCCCUGGAGCGCCUGGUCAGACCCAGCGAGAGUAGAGACCGCCUCGGAGACCGCCUGGAUCUCCUUGGUGACCGCUCUGCUCCUGUUGCUGGGCGUCAGCGCCCUCCUGGGCCUGCUGCUGCUGAGGUGGCAGUUUCCUGCGCGCUACAGGAGACUGAGGCAUGCCCUGUGGCCCUCACUUCCAGACCUUCACAGGGUCCUAGGCCAGUACCUUAGGGAUAGUGCGGCCCUGAGUCCGCCCAAGGCCACAGUCACAGAUACCUAUGAAGAAGUGGAACCCAGCCUCCUUGAAAUCUUACCUAAGUCUUCAGAGAGGAUUCCCUUGCCCCUGUGUCCCUCCCAAGCCCAGAUGGACUACCGAGGAUUGCAGCCUUCUUGCCUGGGAACCAUGCCCCUCUCUGCAUGCCCACCCAUGGCUGAGUCAGGGUCCUGCUGCACUACCCACAUUGCCAACCAUUCCUACCUACCACUAAGCUGUUGGCAGCAGCCUUGCAGGCUGGCUCCUCAUUCCCAGUACUCUGGACAGAUCUAGACCUCUCUGUGAACCACUCUACCCUAUUCUACCCUCCAACACCAACACCUCAGAUCUCACUUUCAUCCCCCUUUGCCUGCCUACCUAGCUCAACCUCAUAGAACUGAUCUUUCAUGCUGCUGCUGCCAGAUCUGGGCCCCUUUCUCCACAGCCAGGCUAAUUUCUCUGACUUUUACCCUCUGUCCCCUUGAACACCAAAUUCCACCUCUCAUUGACUCCAGAAUACUUCUGUUAGUUCCCCUUCUACCACUUUGCUAAUGAAACUGCUCAGGCAAAGUUCAGUUAAAAUCUUCUAGUUAUAAAGGCCCAUAGGAUCUUGUUAAUCAUCAAUUUAUUUGAUCUCUCUGUGGCAUUUGUUAUAGUUGACUAAUUUCUCCUUUAAAUUCUUUCCUACCUUGGCUUCCACACCGGCACCUCUUUGGAUUCUGCUCCUGCCUAAGUAUACUGUUAGAGAUAAACUGUGGAGCCAGACAUAGGUUCAGUUUCUGUCUUUCACAUUUGCUAGCUGUGCAACCUAAGGCAAAAAACUGUUUUUGCAUCAAUAAAACAUAACAACAGC